CAGCGACGAAGCUCCAGCUUCAACUACCGUGCAAAUUAAUAUCCGUCGACAAUAUAUCGGGUAGCAAGUGCGAUUUAGACAUUUUUACAUCGGUGUCGAUAUUCUACCAAUCAGUUGUCUACUAGGGCCUGACGGGGAGGUAAACGAAGAUGUCGAACGCAGGCUACGACGCCGUCGUUGACAUCGAUGACGAGGGCGACCUCGGCCACACAGACCUCCAAGAAGACCUCGAAUUCCACAACUCGAACUUCAACGACACCAACCGCAAAGGCGCACCGGGCGGCUCCAGCCUCGGCGGCAGCGGUCUCCCUCCCCCGGCAACAGCGGGCUCUGGCUCCGGCUCCGGCUCCUCGAAGCGGUAUCUCUGGUCGCUGCACUUCUACGCGCAGUUCUUCGACGUCGACACCUCGAGCGUGCUAGCCCGUUGCUGGGCUGCGCUGUAUCCGCGCGCGAACUUCCUCGAUGUGCUCGAGGGGAAUCCGGAUCUGUAUGGCCCGUUUUGGAUCGCUACGACGGUGGUUCUGAUUCUGUUUUUGGGAGGCACGAUUAGUCAGUAUUUGGCUAGCGAGGGGAAGGGGCCGUUUGCUUAUGAUUUUAAGUUGUUGAGCGGCGCCGCCGGCCUCAUCUACGGCUACACCCUCGUCCUCCCCGUCGUCCUCUUCGGCGCGCUCCGCUACUUCGGCUCCGAAUCCGCGAACCUACUCGAGUGCUGGGCCCUCUACGGCUACGCCAACCUGAUCUGGAUCCCGGUCGCGCUCAUCAGCUGGUCCCCCAUCACCAUCCUCAACUGGGUGUUUGUCGGCGUCGGCUUCGGUCUCAGCGUCGCUUUCCUGCUUAGGAACUUGUACCCCGUGCUCAGCGCUACCGAUCGCCAGACCAGCAAGAUCCUGCUGAUUUUGGUUGUGGCGCUACACGGCGGCCUUGCGAUCGCAAUUAAGGUACUCUUUUUCGCGGCGGGAAGCCCGGUUUCGGGAGGCAAGGAGGGGGAUACACCACCUGCUGCUGGAGGCGAUGGACAGAGGUUGUUCUAAGAGGGUGUGUGUUAUGUAUGUGUAUAAGGUUCCAAAGUCUACGAAAACAGAAGAGGAUAUUCGCCAAUAUGGCGUGGCGAGGGUCAAGACUGGGCUGACUGGCAUCGUGCUUUUCUGGCGUUUGGUAGGGUCGAGAAACCGAACUGAACAGUGUUGUGUACACUAGCUAGUUGAUACCUUUUAUGUAUUGAUGUAAUAUCAACUUGGUCCGAUCUA